CUGGCCUGCCUUAGACCACCUGACACGCAGAUGUAACUCCAAGGUCAUUAUGGAUCUGGUCAACUUUACUGAUUUGCUCAAUGUCUCUACUUUAGUAAGAAACAGCACUCACUUUGUAGUUCCUGCCUCAAACGUGAUCAUUGCCUUUCUGCUGUGCAUGUCAGUUAUAAUUGGUAUCAUCACCAAUGGUCUCUACCUGUGGGUACUAAAAUUCAAGAUGAGAAAGACUGUCAAUACGCUCUUAUUUUUUCAUCUCAUUCUCUCCUAUUUUAUUUCAACAUUGAUUCUACCAUUUAUAGCCACCACCUACCUUCAGGACAAUCACUGGAGCUUUGGAACUGCCAUGUGCAAGGUCUUCAAUGCCACUUUGUCGGCAGGGAUGUUCGCCUCUAUUUUCUUCCUCUCGGCCAUCAGUGUUGACCGUUACCUUCUCACUCUUCACCCGGUGUGGUCACAGCUGCACCGAAGCCCACGCUGGGCUACCGGCAUCAUCCUGGGAAUCUGGCUCUCUGCCACUGCCCUCAGCAUGCCCUAUUUGGUUUUCAGGGAGACACAGGAUGACCAUAAAGGAAGAGUGACCUGCCAAAAUAACUAUGCUGCAUCUCCUAACUGGGAAAGCAAAAAGAUGCAAACUUUAGGGAAAGGGAUUCACGUAGCCUGUUUCAUCAGCCGCUUCUUGCUGGGCUUCCUUCUGCCUUUCUUUAUCAUCAGUCUUUGUUACAAAAGAGUAGCCAACAAGAUGAAAGAGAGGGGCCUGUUUAAAUCCACUAAGCCCUUCAAAGUCAUGGUGACUGCCAUUCUCUCUUUCUUUGUGUGCUGGAUGCCCUACCAUGUACACCAGGGCUUACUUCUCACUAAGCACCAAUCAGUACUUUUACAGGUGACUCAGAUACUGACGGUGAUAACCAUUUCUUUCAAUGUGCUCUUUUCUCCUAUACUCUACCUGUUUACUGGGGAGAACUUCAAAAAUGUUUUCAAGAAGUCCAUUCUUGCUCUGUUUGAGUCAACAUUCGGUGAGGACUCUUUGGCAGAAAGGACACAAAACCUAAAUUCAGAAACCUACAUCUAAAUUUUGGAUCCCAGAGGAAACAAUGGAUCUUCGUCAAUUUUACCACCAGAGAGGUACCCUCUGCUUUUGUAGAAUAUAAUCCCUGUAUUAGAGAGACAUCUAGGCUGUACCAUGGCUAGAUCU